GCUGGAGAUGAACCGCGCCGCGCUGCGGGUCUCCCUCCCGCUCCUGGCCGCCCUGGGCCGCGCCGGCGCCAGCAGCGAGGACGACCAAGAGGACGGCGGCGAGGACUCCCCGCACUCCCAGGAGAAAGGUCCUGGUCACAGUCACUGGAGCUAUGAAGACCGGGAGCACUGGGGCGUGGACUACCCGGACUGUGGAGGUACCAUGCAGUCGCCCAUCAACAUUGAGACAGCCAAGACCAUCUUCAGCCCUGAGCUGCGGCCGAUCCAGCUCUCUGGCUACAGCCUGCCUGCCAGCGAGAAGCUCAAGCUGAGGAACAACGGGCACACAGUUCUCCUUGAGCUGCCCAAGUCACUGGCCAUCACUGGUGGCUAUGCCCAGCAGUACCGAGCCGUGCAGCUGCACCUGCACUGGGGCUCCCCGUUGGGACCCGGCUCGGAGCACACCAUCAACGGGCACCGCUUUGCUGCAGAGAUCCACGUGGUCCACUACAACACCAAGUAUGAAAGCAUUGAGGAGGCAAUGGUCCACCCAGAUGGCCUGGCCGUACUGGGAGCCUUCCUGGAGGUGAGUCCCAUAGAUCAUCAGCCCUGGGUGAGAAGGGGUAGGAGCAGGGGGAGGGUGGGACUAAGUGGGCAGAGUCAGGCACAGUUUUGGGGACUGGCAAAGGUGCAAAAGCCCUUGGGGAGAAGAGACAGAGGGCAGAGCAGCCCUGAUAGGAGGAAGGGGUCACUGGGACAGAGUGUCUCUCACAGGGAGCCAUGCUUCCUUGCUGGCACUGCCAUCACCAGCCAGUCUCCAUUUGGCCCGUGUCCUCAUCAUUACUGUGGGGUCUCUGUGUUGCAGGUUGGGCCAAAGGAGAACCCAUACUAUCAGGAAAUACUUGAGCAUCUGCACAAAAUCCAAAGAGAAGGCGAGGAAGUCUUGGUGUCCGGAUUCAACAUUGCAGGUCUGCUGCCUGAUAACCUGAAACUCUACUUCCACUACAACGGCUCUCUGACCACCCCUCCCUGCUACCAGACGGUGAAGUGGACAGUCUUCAACCAGACCAUGCUGCUCUCUCACAAACAGAUGUUAAUGCUGGUGACGAGCCUGAGAAAUGAUGACAGCAAACCCCUGCAGAACAAUUACCGGCUGGUGCAGGGCUUGCACGGGCGACGGGUGCUGGCGAGUUUCCAGACCACCCUCAUUUCGACGAAGCAGCUGCCUACUGGUAAGGAGUGCAUGAGCGUGCUCAGGCUGCACCCAGCUGCAGGGGUGCAGAGGCGGGGUGAUGAGCAGGAGUCCAGGCUUCAUGUCUCUUAAUGAAAUGCAGCAUUUGCAUCGGUUAGCUGUGCCCGGCAGGUGACUUAGCGCAACACGGGUCUUGGAGUCCUGCUCUCCCCCAUUUCCGCACUUCUCUCUUCCUUCCUGGGGAAGAUAGUUCCUAGAAACCCAUUUUAUCCCUGGUCUUGCAGAAAUAACAGUAGCAGGACUAGGGGAUGCAUGGUGAAGGGCAAACAGCCAGGUCUCAGCAUCCCAGCUAGCUGCUUUAUCCACAAACGCAACAGCUAAAUUCUGUAGGAGCUCCAGAGGUUCAGGCUUGCAAGGAGCACCCCACCACCAAACCCUGCAGGAAGGCCAGGGCAGGGGACCCCUCCUGAAGGCUGUGCUCUGCCAGCAGGGCCACGCAGCUCUCCUGGCCGGGCACAUGGUCCCUGCCUGGGACAUCCCCGUCUGCCCGUCCUUGGUUUGUCCUCGAAGGCCUUUCUUGCGCUGGGGUUUCCAGCGAUGAGUAGAAAUUCCUGUUAAUCCUCAGGUGUGACUAUCACUCUGCAUCGCUGUAUUCUUGCCCCUUGCUGCUCUCUGAGGUCACUGGGGUUUUUCUGUCCAACAUCCUGUUCCUUUUCUGUUUUGAUGGCAUUUCCUACACCUUGUAUCAAGGUGACUAAUAGGAACAGCACACAGGCUUGGUCCCAGGCCCUUGGGCAAUGCCUCUGUAACCACGCACCAUGGUGCAAGGCACUUCCCUUCACCGUUCCACCUGCAGCCAGCUCACUAACAGCUGCAGGCUUUUAAUCACCGUGGUCUUCAGCCUGGCUAGCAGUUUCCCAUGUGGCACCGCAUCAAAUGCUUCACUGAAGCUGGGAGAGAUAAAAUCUACCGCGCUUUCUUUGUCUAGAAUAUCACUUAUCAAAGAAGGAUAUCGGGUUAGGCUGGCAUGCUCUAUCUUUGGUAAACCUGUUAGAUACUUUAUCAUAUUUUCCAUUUACCUCCGAGCCUUUCUUUUACCACUUUCUUGCAGAAGCUGUUCCAAAGCCUCCAGCCACCAAGGCUGGGGGGAGUUGCCUAGUUCACUUUUUCCUUUUUUUUUUUUUUUUUUUUUUUUUCCUUCCCUUAUUUGCUAUUUCUAUCAACAACCCCCACUUUAACAAAGCCACGAAGCCCUUGUUCCUGGAGUGCCAGGACAUUGUCCCGGUACUCCUGGAUGAGAUUACUGGUCCCCCACCUUGCACGCACGGGGUUGUUGGGGUUUUCUCCCAACCUUGGUGUUGGUAACUGCCUGCUUUAGCCCUGGGGCCACUGAGCUCCAAGGAGUGCUGUGGGGUCAUGUCUCACUUUGCUUGCAGCUGCACCUCCUGCGCCCACACUUGUUGAUCUUGCCCCAGUCACCCCGAGUUCAGGAGCCACUCCUGCCCCGGCUGCUGGGCAAAGGCGACGGCUUCCCCGCAGCGGCCACGCAGCUGGAUACAGCCUGCAGAUAGUGCCACUCUGCGCACGAUACCCGAGUAGUGUACAGAUGAUAAUGCAGCUGUUUAAAACCCAUGCUGUCACGCCGGGUAAAUAUUUGCCUGGCACAGCUCCUGCCCAGCAUGUACGGCCACCAAAUGAUCCCUGUGCAGGGUGCCCUGCCGGCAAUGGCCGACUGCUUCCUCCCAGGGAGCUGCUCACCAUCUCGCUCCAGACAACCAUCCCCACAGUCGCUGCCUCAUGGGCUCACCUCAUGCCCCUCGCCAGGGUCUCCUGCAGGGUUUGGUGCAGUUAUGGGCUGCUGCGGUGCUCAGCACCCUGCCUUCCCAGGCAGCGGCAGCAGCAGUGGGAGUUUCUGACUGGGCUCAGUGAGGCUUUUGUGUGGGCUGUGGUUCAGGGAUUUUUUUUUUUUUUUUUUGGUUUGGGGGUGGGUUUUUUCCCCCUCAAUGCUUCUGGUGGGGUGUCAGGGCUAUGCUUCCUGCAGAUUUGACACUUCCCUCCCCAGACAUCUCAGGCAACCU